AGAGAGAGAGACAGCCUAGCCCAGUGUGUGGUGUGUGUGUGUGACGGCGACUCUGUAAAAAUUUCUCUCUCUCUACCUGCUUUUAAUUCUGUUUGCUUUCACUUUGAUUGGAUUCCCGGGGGGUGCCGGCCAGAGUCUGUGGAAGAACUUGCAACAGCAUUGAGCGAUUGCUGAAAUUCCUCUCCUGGGGAGGGGAGAGACAGAGAGGGAGAGAGAGAGUGUUGUGUGUGGAAGAGAAGCCGAAGUUCUUUGUUACCAGUAUCGAUUCUGAGGAACCAGUUGCACUUUGGAAUCGCCUGUACCCUGAAGCCGCCACCCACCAGGGAGUGGAGAGGGAUUCAGUGACUCUGUUGGUGGAAGGGCUUCGAUGCUGUUUGCGGGCGGACACAUCGCGAUUAGGAGGCACAAGGUGGAUUACAUCCCGUCCAUGUUCGACAGGAUACCCCUUCUCUUGCGACAGGAAUGCGCUGCUCUCCUUUUAAAAAAGAAUUACAAACCAGUUGACAUCACUGUGUAGUUUUUUUAAAAAAAUAUAUAUAAACAACCAACCGCAGGCAGCCCGGAAAUCUUAGCCGGCAAGGAAAGCCAAAACCCACCGAGGCUGCAAUUGAGGCGGAGAACUGAAACCAUUUAUUGAAGUCUUUCUCCACACACCCCCCGACCCCCACCUCUUUUUUUAUUUUCCCAAUUCGGAUCCGUUGCCAGCUACUGGAAGACUUUUUUUUUUGUUUUGUAGAGAAGUUGGUGAAAGCUCUCCCACCUCCCCAAAAAAAGCCAUUGAGUGAGUGGCUGCCAAGCUGCUGGAUAAUUCCUCAGCACUGACCUGGGUCAGCAUGAGUUGCUCCUACUACAACACGAGGAGGUAAAGCGCAGGAGGGGGUUUAACAGGAAGAUUGUUUUUUUAAAAAAAAUAAGAGAUUGGAAUAUAAAUUAAAAAAAAAAAAAUUUUUUUUAAAAAGACAUGGCUAAAAAUUCGCCGGAUGGAUCGAGAGAGGACCUGAGUAAGAUACCAGACGAGGAGUUGGUGAAAUGGGGGAAAGCGGAGCUGGUGAGGAGGCUCCGGAAGACAGAGGGUGAGAGGGUGAGCUUGAUGUUGGAGCAUGGCAACCUGAUCAAGGAUGUCAACCGCCGGCUCCAGCUUCACCUCCAUGAGAUCAGGGGCUUGAAGGACAUCAACCAGCGGCUCCAGGACGACAACCACGAGCUGCGGGAGCUCUGCUGCUUCCUGGACGAUGACCGGCAGAAAGGCAAGAAGCUGUCCCGGGAGUGGCAGAGGUUCGGCCGCUUCACCGCCAGCGUGAUGUGGAAGGAGGUGGCCACCUACCAGCAGAAGCUGAGGGAGCUGGAAGCCAAGCAGGAGGCGCUGCUGAAGGAGAACCUAGAGCUUAAGGAGAUCGCCCUGAUGCUGGACGAGGAGCGCAACGACGCCGGCAGCAGGAGCUCCAUCGACAGCCAGACCAGCCUGACCCACCUGAACGGGGGCUCGGGCACCAGGGACGUGGGAGACGGCAGCAGCACCUCCAGCACGGGCAGCGCCGGCAGCCCUGACCAUCACCAUCACCACAAAGCUGUGGACAAGGGGGCUCCCAGCAAAAGAUCCACCGAUGACCUUUCAGGACCCCCACAUCACAGGAGCAUCCCCAACGGGCUGAAUGAUCCAGCUUCAGCCUACAUCAGACAGCUAGAAAGCAAAGUCAAGUUACUGGAAGAAGAUAACAAGAUUUUAUCACAGCUUGCAGGACGGAAUAAUUCGCCAAGAAAUUUCGCACAGGAUUGUUCUCCAGAGCACAGCUCGCACCUUUCCAGUUUAAACUCGGGGAGAUCUGUCAGACCUUCAUAUGCGAUCAAGUCAAGCACCAGUGACCUGAAGGUCGGCCGCAAGACUUACCCGGCAGCGCACAAGUCAGAUUCUUCACAUUCUUCACCACUGCCACCACCGUUUCAGGAUCCUACACAAAAUGGUCCUCCGUGGCUGGUGACUGGGGACCCCAAUGUUCCAGUGGUGCCACCUGGAUUCAUCCCCACUGCCCAAAAGCCAGAAGCUGUAGUGCAUGCAAUGAAGGUCCUGGAAGUUCAUGACAACCUGGAUAGACAGUUGCCGGAAGACUGCGAGCACGAUGACUUGAGUGAGAAGGAGAAGGCCAUUGUUCGUGAGAUGUGUAAUGUGGUCUGGCGUAAGCUUGGAGAUGCAGCUGGUUCGAACCCUUCCAUCAGGCAACAUCUCUCAGGCAAUCAGUUCAAGGGACCUUUGUAGUGCUGUUGCCUGCAAGGCAUGGACUUGUGAGAAGGAUGGAAACACAUUCUCAUUGCAUCUGCACACAAGUGGAAAGAGUGGAACUUCUGAGAAGUGUAAUCCUGGCCACUGACUCAACUUGGCCCUACCUACUGUCUAAAUGCGAAGAAGGAUGCUGACGUGUGCCUAUAGUGGUAGAGAGUUCUACAAUGUACUGACCACAAAGCAAAUGUAAAUUACUCAUAUAUAACUGACUGUACAUGCAGCUUUGGUAAGGUGUACUGCACAGCAUACUGCAGUUAUGUGAAUUGAUUUAAUGGAGUCUGUGUAAAGAGAUUAAUCUAAAUACGUUGAUCUCUGGAUAAUGUUGAAUAAUCUACCCCCCCAUCCAGCCCGCUCCCUGAACGUCCAUUCACAUUAAUGAUUGAUAUGGCUCCAUUAUAAGCAGGCUCCUUUGAAUGCAGUGUUUCCUCAUUACAUUACCUGGAAUGGACAAUAUUGCUGGGGGGUAUUUGAAGCAAAUCCUAGUCUCAGCAUAUGCAGCAAUAGUUCUUUCGAGUCUGUUCAGCAGGGGCAAUGUGAAAGGGAUCAUGUUUCCACAUAGAGGAAUACCUAGCUCUCAAAUACACCUGUCUUUCAGAAUAUAGGUGUAUAGCUUCCGCUGAAAGUCACCAGCUUUGGUUUAGAAAGUCAUUGACCUGUGCAGCCCUAAGAACAGAGCAUUCGAAAGUGUUCAAAAGAUGGAAUUUCCACUACUGGAUGUGGCAAUUAAGGAGAAAAUAUAGUUUUCUUUAAAGAGACAGUAUUCUUUUCAACAACCAGAAUUUAUCUUGUUGAUUUUUGUUCUGAGUUAGUCUAUUUUAGGAAAUCUAAUCGCUCGGCCCCCACUGUAAAAUUAUAUUUGCAAUUUUCCAGUGUGAUUGUUCCCCAGCCCCCUAUUUGGAUGCAGGUGGUCACAAGUUGCGUGAAAUUGAUGUAGUAAGGUUCAAUUUUGAAGUAAAUGGGUCUGGCAUAAUUUUAGGUUCUGUGAAAUAAGUUUUAUCUGACCAAAUCACCGAAGUAUUGCUCAUUGGCUUGAUAUCUUGCCCGCUUUAAAUUUUGAAGCCCCCAUGUGUGAUCAGAUGGAAUACUGUCUCUUUAACAGAUGAUGCUGAGGCUUCGAGAUUGAAAUGGGAACAGAUAGGGAAUAACUAGAUGUUAAGUAGUUCUAUUUUAAGCCAUGGGAUAGAGAAUGACACAGUACCAACUACUCUGUGUUAGAGUGACUGACUUAAGAGGCGCUUGCAAUCAGCACUGGUUUUGAAUUGAAUACUAACAGUGUGCAGUGAAUAUUCAGGAAUGGUCUAUUUCCAAUUGAAAUAAGAAUGCACAUGGAAAGGUAUUUUAUAAACUCAUUAAUGAGGCUGUUUUCAUAGGACUUUUGAGCUCAUAAAUCUUUAGACCUGAGAUAUAUGACCAUACCAGUGUCACCAUGAGAAAAGGCUAACCUCUGCAAUUUAGUUCCUAUAUUGAACAUUUUCACUUGUUCCUUUAUCAACUCCACAGCCUUCUCUCGGUUCAGUUCCGUUUUGGGGGUAUUUUUUUUUCUGGCUACUGUGAGUGACUUGCAUGAUUUUCUCAUGCAUGUGAGCGAUGGGAGGAAAAUAUUGUGAUUUUAUAAAGAACAUAAUAUUAUCUCUCAGCAUUGCACAUUAUGAAUUAUUUCAAAGCUCAGUGAUGUUUAUAGCUGCAAGCACUACAGUCAUUUUUUGCAUAGCAAAAUUCCACAAACUGCAGCUGAAUAAAUGACCAAUUGGGCAAUUUUAAGGGCUGAAGAAGAUAUAUUGGUCAAAAUAGCUCUUUGUUCUUCAAAUAAUGACAGUGCCAUGUUUAAUGCUCACCUAAAAUAGCAGUUGAUACCUCAUUUUACCAUUUCAUCUGAAGAGCAACACCAUGCAGUGUUGGUUGAGCUUGAGUGUGCAAUUCCUGGAGUGAAUAUUCAGGAAUGCUGUAUUCCCACUUGAAAUAAGAAUGCAGUAACUACUCAGAUUUAUAUAGUAUCUUCAGUGUAGUAAGACUUUGCAAGGUGCUUUGCAGGAUGUUGUUAUUAAAAUUGGCACUGAGUCAUCGGAGGAGACAUUAGGACAUAUGAACAAAAGUUUAUUUGAAGAAGUAGGUUUUAAGUAGUAUCUUAAAAGAGAGAAGACACUUGGACAGUUUGAAGAAAAAGACAACUAACAUAAUAUUUGACUGAGCAAUCUGCACAACCCCACCAUGUCCUCCCCCUGCCAAACCUAGGACAACACCGGCCAAACAAACAUUUUAAUUUGUUCUAAUACACAGCGUCUAUAUAUGUCAGUGUUCAACACAGGCAAUGAAAGACACAAUGGUUUGAAUGUGCUUCUGACUGUGCCUGAUUUGAUUCUACAGUUGCUUGACUGCCAUUCCCAAGUGAUUUGUGGUUGUGAGUGUGUUUAUUUUGCUAGUUUCAAUUUGCUUUCCUUAGACUGGUAGCUGAUACCUCUCCAGUGUAAUCUGAUCCUGGUAGCUCUGAGAUGAGAUUCUGAAACAAAUUGGCAGAAAUGAUGCACCAGUAACUUGGAGAAACUUUGCUGGACUUUAUAUCUUGAAUUAGAAUUAUUCUACUGCCACCAGCAAAAGAACAGUUGGAUUAUAAUACUUAUAUAGUGCUGUUCACAAAACACCAUGAAUGUUUACAGGAGGAAGGAGUACAUUUAACCUAAAGUGCACUGAGAGUAAAUGUAACAGCUAGCAUGACAGUUGACCAUAUAGAACGACAGCCCACUGGUUUGACCUACAGCCUAUUCACAGUAAGUUAUUGAAUGAGUUAGAAGUUGAGGGCAUUAUAAUUAGUCUCUGUAUGUCUGGGCUAGGAUGCAAUAAACAACUCCUGCUGGUGUGUUUGUAAGUAUGUAAGAACAUUAGUCGAGGAUUGGAUCAGGCUUGGCCCCUGUCAUUAUAUAACUGAUUGCCACUCACUUUCCGAGCUCUCAAGUGAAGAAAGAUCAUUUAAGGUGAGCUAGAGGAAAACUGCGGCCCAAGAAUCCCAACACCUUCCAGGUUAGAGGGACAACAAGAGAAAAAUAGGGAAGGGAUGAAAAUUGUAGCUCAAGAUUUGCAAGCAUUGUCAUACUAGAUGCCAAUACUGACAGAUCCUCAUAGUUCUCCAGAUGGUGAGCUUGCAGACUCAGCUGGAGAUCUGGGAAGGUGAUCAUUAUCCUGAUGGAAGAGAAGAAAAGUGAAGAGGGGUCAAGACAUCGUGCUGGUGUCUAGAUGGUUCAGGGUGGCAGAGGCCUGCAAUCAGAUAGUGUAAAGUCAGAGACUUCAUACAGGAAAAUUUAAUACCAACUGGGAGAUAUUAAAUCAAAAUUUUAUUUGAAAUGAUGGACUUCUCCAUGUUGGCAUAUUCACUUUAUGGAAACCAUUAAGAUUGCUGGAAACUGUACCAGGUUAAGGCUUCCUUCAUUUUGCUGCGAACCUGCCACUAAAUCUGUCACAACAGGGUCAGCUUUUUGUGCUUACAGUAGGCUGAUUUAAAACUUUGACUGGUUUAAACGAAGGAGCUUAAAAUGGGUGCUCUUAAAGGUGACAGGACUGAAGUGGACUUGUCAACAUUUUGUUACAGAUCCAUUUCUAGCCAAUGUUUUUUCGGAAACAACUUCAUUCAUUGGUUUGUCCAAAGCAAAGAACAAGAACAUUUAAUUUCAAUCUGAUCAUUGAUAAAACUAGAAUUUUGAAAAUCUAAUUCUGAUGGCAGCUGCAUUUUAUCUUUUGUGCACUAACCUCCUUGUAAAUAUACCGUCUGCAACAUUCUCUAAAUGCUGGAGAAUUAAAAGCUUUCCUUUUACCUCAGAAUAUUAAAAUGUAAAAGCUAUACACUGGAAUAUGGAGAAUACCCAACACAAUUUUGUUUUCUGACAGUAUAAUAUUUGAAUAAGAUUGUAUAAAUUUAUCAUAUCAAACGUAUAUAUUAUGUAAUUCUCUUUUAAUGUUGCUGAAUAAUGUCUGCUUCUUUUGAGGAAGGAAAGAUUCGGUUCUGUUCUGUCAAUGAUUCUGAUUUUGAUUGUUGCAGUGGGUUUAAAAAUAAGCUAGUACAAUUGUCAUUUUUUUAAGGGCAUUACAUUCAUUUAUCACACUCCCGCCACCAAAACAAAGGUGGAAAAAAUGGUCCACUUAUCCUAAAAGGGUAAAUUCUUACAGGUCCUUCCACCUGCUGCUGACUUCCCCUCCCUUCGGUUAGUGGCACCUUGCCCCCUUUUGUGUUAUUGGUGUCAGGCUGCAGACAAUGUAUUGUGGUUUAUGGAUGGAUUGAUUCUACUUGGAGACACUGAUCCCUUUUUCACCAAGCACACACAGCCCAGGAAUUAUAAAUGAACAGCAACAAGACUGUUACUUUGGCUUUUCAACAGACUUUCAUUGUAUCCCAAACUCCAUUAAAUGUAAUACUGUCCAAUCUUUUUUUAAAAAACAUCAAUUUUAUUCUACAGUAAUGGUUUUGACUAAAUUUCUUUAUGCCUUCUUUGUUUUUAUGGCUGAAGGAAGCAUGUUGGCAAAACUAAAAGAAUAAAGGCUCUUAAAAAAAUCUUCUAAUAGAAUAUGUUAUGCUUUUCCAUUGCCCUAGCAUUGGGACAUGUUUUUUUUAAAAAAAGUUUCAAUAAUCAAUAGCCCUUAAAUAAAAUCAGGAAUUCACGGUAGAGCCAUCAGCAUUUGGAAGGGAAAAAGGCUAAGGGUUAAAAUUUUAUGAACACGUGAAUUAGGAACAGGAGUAGGCCACUCAUCCCCUUGAGCAUGCUCCAUCAUUUAAUUAAAUCAUGGCCAUUCUGAUUAGGUCAAGAAUGCCAGUCGGAACUCUGAUAAUUUGGUUUCCUGGGUUUCUUUUUAAUUGUUUAGUCUGUAAGGGCUGUUGAGAUUGCGGCAAGUGUUUCUGAAGACAAAUUGAGCUUGACUAAAGUGAACUGUUUAUAAAUAGCGAUGUGGUAUUUAACUCGGGCUGGAGUUAGGUGAUUAAUCCCUCUCCUUCAGCUCAGCCACUUCUUCACUCAAUGCCAUCAGCAUUUAAUGGCCAAAAGGAAGAUACAAUACUUAGAUUUAUACAUACAGCCCUUGUUGUGAUCUACAUAAAAGUUAUUGAGGGAUUUUGUUAUUCUCAAAAAAGUAAAAAACUAAUUGAUAUUUUUUUAAUGCUGGAGUCAGUAUUUGAAGUCAAUGGCAGAUGUGGGAACCACAAAACCAGUCCAGUUCUGGAAUCGAGUUCAGAACUUCUUCCAAGUUAUUUGGAUUGGCAUGUUUUGGCACAGUUGAUAACUUACUGACGUGGUGUUAAUAGUGAUUUUGAGUACAGGCCUGUUAGUGUAUGUAGAGUUUAAGGUGCCCGUUGUUGUAACAGUAUCUGUGCACAUGUUGGGUUGACAAUUUAAGACAAUGUUCCCAUUUCUUAAUCCUCUAAGGGGUGGAGCUUGAUUGCUGCACUUGCACAGCUAUCACACCAAGACUAUUGACAAAAGACAUUGAUAACUAUAAGUCUAAUGGACUCCUUAAGCUCUCUGUUAACCUUUUCAGUGUUAGUCUAGUUUUACACAAAAUGGAUCAUCCUAUGUGCCUUGAGAUAGCAUAUGUAUCAUAGUGUGGCCAUAAUGAGACUAGGAGUCUGGGUGCUCUGAUGGUGUUAUGACAUAGAAUAUGAGGAUCAAUGAGAAUCAUUCAGGAACUUGUUCCAUCUGUGGAUCUGAGUAUCAAUCUUUGUUCUUGGCACAGUAGGUGUUUAGUUAGAGGAUGAUUUACACUGCUGGCUCAAAUAGAGUAUACUUGAAAGGCUCCUGGUUAAUUGACUAUGACCGUUGAUCUCCACAACCUCCUUAUAAUUCCAAUUCCCACUUUCUGUGGCCAGUCAAUAAAUCAUAUUGAUUGGGUUUUCUUUCAGCAUUUACAAGUAAUGAUAAAAGUGAGUUAUUCUUACUCAGUCUGCUAUUAAUCAGUUCUCUCAGUAGGUUUCUAAUGGCAUAGAAAUGAUUUUGCUACUGUAAGAUUCUGUGGCCUGUGGAUAUUUUUUAUCUGAAGUGUCUGUAGUAAAUCUUUGAACUGCAGGUUCUUUAAAGAAGUACUUAAGUCCUGCUGCGGAAAGCACCAUUCGUUAUAUUAUUAACCACACAGACCUGAAUUUUCCAGGUUCAAUCUCUGAAAUUAUCUCGCACAAAAGGAUAUGGAAGCUGGAGCUUUAAAGACCAAGAUCAAUCGGUUUUUAUUGGGUAAGGAUAUCAAGGGAUAUAGUGCUAAGGCGAUUAAAACGGAUCAGCCAUGAUCUAACUGAGGGCGUGAAUGACCUGCUCCUGUUCCUGUGUUCAUUUGGUCUGUUGUGAUCCAGGCACUCUGGUGGCUAAGCACCCUUGAGUUAAUGGAACGUGGGCUCCCUGUUCCUGAUCGCUAACCAGUGACUCCUCCUGGAAAUUUGUAUGCGCCCAGACCACGGGGAGAACAGGAUCAAGCUGGCUCGAAAUAUCCCACAGUGCAGCCUCACAAACGAGGAAUGGAGGCUUAGGCCAGCCAGUUCCCCAGGGGAGGGGGGGGCAAUAUUUUCAGCUUAUUUUUGUCAUAUUUGUUUACUGGCCACGGUGCCUAGUUGGCCACUGAUUUUAACAUUGGAGUUCACAGAAUUGUUACAGUGCAGAAGGAGUCCAAUCCCAUCGUGUCUGCACCAGCUCAUCAAAUAAGCAAUUCACCUACUGCCAUUAUCCCAUCUUCUCCCCAUAAUCCUGCAUGUUCUUCCUUUUCGGACAACAGUCUAAAUCCCUUUUGAAUGCUUCGACUGAACCUGCCUCCACCACACACUCAGGCAGUACAUUCGAGAAGUUAAGCACUCUCUUGUUUUCUCAUGUCAGUUUUACUUCUUUUUCCAGCUACUUUAAAUCUGUGCCCUCUCAUUCUCAAUCUUUCCUGAGCAGGAAUAGUUUCUCCCUAUCUACUUGUCCAGAUGCCUCAUGAUUUUGAAUACCUCUAUCAAAUCUCCUCUCAGCCUU